UUUUUUUAAACAUUUUUAUCUUUUUUUUGAGAUACGUCACAUUGUUAUAGGACGUGGGGCAAUUUUGUAUGGAUUGUGAUCCGUCUUCUUUAUGGUACAAUUCGAAGACGGAUUUAAUUGAAGGGUUUCAAGACCAUGCUACACAAGGUAGAUCUCCACAGCCAGCUUCAUAUGCCCUUGUAUUUAUGAUAGUUGGAGUCAGGAAACAUUUUAAGCAGCCAGUGGCUUAUUAUUUAUCAAGCGGUUCUGUCACAGCUGACAGACUUUCAGCUUUGAUUAAGGAGGUUUUAAAUUGUUGCUUUGAUGCUGGGAUAAACAUAUGCGCUUCAGUCUGUGACUUGGAUGGAGUCAACAAGAGAGCUCUAUGUCAAUUAGGAGCUUCUGUUGAGAAUCCCUUCAUAGAAGUGAGCAAUCACAAAAUUGUCACUCUAUUUGACACACCACACCUGCUGAAGUGCUUCAGAAAUCUUUUCAUGAAAUAUCAUGUAAGAUUUAGGACCAAUAUAACAUCAGACCACCAACAAGGAAUUGGAGUCGCUAAAUGGAGCCACAUCAAGCAAUUUUAUGAAUUGGACAAUAAUAAUCCCAAUUUUGUGUUUGCACCAUGCCUAAGUAAACAACACCUUGAGCCUAAUUCCAAACAAAAAAUGAGGGUAAAACUUGCGGCACAAGUUUUAAGCCACUCAGUUGCAGCAGGACUAUAUACUAAAAUAGCUGGAGGAGACAUGCCGACUGAAGCCUUGGCAACGGCUAAUUUAAUUUCAAGCAUGGACGAUUUGUUUGAUGGUGUAAACGCGUCGACACCAGACUUAAGGAGAGGAAAAAUAUUUUCCACAAAUAUAAAACACAAUACAGGACAUCUCCAAAUGUUCGAUAAAAUGAAAUUUUUUUUUAAAACCCUGGAAUUCUUGGGAUGCAGGGGUAAUCCCCCAUCAAAAGAUGGCUGGAUUUGGACCCUCAAUGGGUUAGAAAUGGUUUGGAAAAUUCUAAGUGCCAAACAUACUACAGUUAAAAGUUUAUCCACGAGAAGAUUCCAGCAGGAUCCUCUUGAAAAUUUAUUUGGAUGCAUUCGAUUCAACUGUGGAUCCAAUAGCAACCCAACAGUUGCACAAUUCGUUGCUGGAUUAAAAACAGCUGUAAUAAGCAACAUGGCACAUACUAGCUCAGGUAAUUGUGAGCUGGAUAGCAACAGUGCCAUAAUUACCAAUUUUAAAAAAUUAUUGACACCAGCCACAGACAUGCACACUGAAACUGAACAAUCGGAGUCUGUUAUAGAAAAUGAAAUUGAAGAAAAUAUUAUUUCCUCCCUGGAACAAAAUUUGGAGGAAGGAAGUAGCGAACUACAAGCAUGUGCUUAUGUCUGUGGCUUCAUAAUUAAAAAAUAUAAAAAUAUUUGUAAGAACUGUAAAAAUAUUUUAGUCUCCGAAACACCAGAAGAAGUGCAUAAUUUUAUAGAGUUUAAAAAUUAUGAUUCGGUAAAAAAUUCUCUUACAUACGCCUCUAAAAAUUUAAUAGAUUGUGUAGAAAAAAGUGCAAACAUAAUUAAUAUUUUUUUAGAAAAAGAGGCGUAUAAAGAGAAUAUAAAAAAAAAAUAACACAAUUACUAAAGGACUCUAUAAAUUAUGUCUUCCUCGAAAAUUGUAUGGAGCACAAAGAAUUAAAUAUAAAUUAUAUAAUAAAUAGUGUCUUCCAUAUUAAUAUAAAGAGAUAUUGCAUAAUAAAAAACAAAAUUUAUUCCGAAGAUGCAUGUAAAUCUGCACUAAAAAGAAAAAUGAACAUAAUUAUGCAUAAAUAAAUAUCUUAACUAAUAUUAUAUGUGUGUAUGUGUGUAUGUGUUAAUGUUAAAACUUGGCAAGAUCGUUUUUCAAAAAUUUGUUUCAGCCCGGAACGAAAUACAUUGAUAUAUAGCUUUUGUUGUGUAGUAAAUGUUUGUAAAUAUCAAAAUA